AUUUGCUUCAAUUAGAUAUCUUUACUUUCUAUCCCAUGACUAAUAAAUUACUGCUAGUCCUAGCAUGUCUAACUUCACUAAUUUGUUCUACAAUGUGUUUGAGUAAGGGAGGAGAAAGUUAUGUUCGCGAUGCAUGUAGUGUGACUCGAUAUCAGGACCUUUGCCUCCACUCGCUAGCAUCAUUCUCGAGGACGGCCAAGGACAACCCUAGCAAGUGGGCCCGGGCCGGGGUCUCGGUGACAAUAAGCCAAGCCAAGGGUGUCACUCAAUCCUUGUUGAAAUUGAGGAAACAAAAUUUCUUGAAAGGGAAAGGUAGAGUUGCUAUUUUAGAUUGUGUUGAUUGUUUGCAAGAUGCACUUGACAAUCUACACAACUCAUUAGGGGUGCUAAGAAAACUUAGUAGCCAAACUUUUAAUGACCAAAUGGGUGAUGUGACCACUUGGCUAAGUGCUGCUCUAACUGAUGAAGACACUUGCUUAGAUGGACUUGAAGACAAAAAGAGAAAACAAGUAAAGUUACUCUUGAACAAAGUCACAAAUGUGAGUUAUAUGACUAGUAAUGCACUUGCUUUAGUCAACAAACUUGCAACAACAGGACCACAAUGCUUAGAAAAUUCAAAGUAG